AUGUGGAUUGAUAGGCCACGUAAGGUUCAGAGAAAUGCGCAGAUUGAAAAUAUCGAUAACAUCCCACAAGGGUUUUUUGACCCAGCUUCCCCACCUCCUUCCACGUGGCCUGAAGACACAAACACGCAUAUCAUAAGCGACCAGUGUCAAACGCCUACUUGGCCAGAUGCAUUGGAUAUUGUAAACGUAGAAGAUUCGAAACAUGACACAAUUGAUUUUAUCAUUCCAGAACAUCCCGACAUGGGCUCUAUUCAGCAAGCUCGCGAACUUUCAGCGCCUGAGAUUGGUAUUGAAGUUGCGAGUAAAUGGUCACCAGCUCCCGAUUUUAAACCUAAAGAUUUAUCCUUAGUAAUCCACCAUGUUGAUCGUCUUGGAUCUCUGGAGUUGCCGCCGAUUCCUCCCGAAGUUCUCGUCGAACGCGCAGACAUUGAUACGACCAAAGAUGAAGACGAUCCCAAUAAUUUCGACCUCCGCAUCCACGUCCCAAAACCUACACUCCAAGACUCCAUACAUGACGUUGACUUUGAUUACGAACCUCCACCUCCCUCAAACCUCCAACCCCUUGAUCCAAUAGGCCCAUCCACUCCCGCCAUCGAUCUCAACAUAGAACCGUUUGACGCUGCUCCUCAUUCAAUUACCGAAGACUUUGACCAGAAGACUAUCAAACAACCGGACAUUGAAUUAUGCCUUGCUCCCUGGGCUACCUCAAAACCCGCGCAUGACUCUACCGCCACCCCCGAGACGGAGCUGUUCCCCGCCGAGGCCCCUCGCACUUUCCGGGAUAUGCUUCAGUGGCUGGCGGGGCUUAAGAACCAAAAGCAUCAUGGCACUCUCAGACAGUGUGUUGUAAAGGCAUUUGGUGUUCCGCAUAGUGACCCUUCACAACUUGCAAUAUUCAUCAACCAUGCCAAAAUCACACCCACAGAUUUAUUCGACAUACUCCAACUUACCGCCAUGUUUGCUGGAUCCGUGCUCUUCGCCAUCGCACCUAACUGGAAAGCAAAUGUGUCAUCAAGCACUGUAAAGCCUAAGUCAUCUGACCAAUCCGAGGAGCCUGAUUGCUGCGCCCUCCUAUGCCAGCUGCGGGACUACGCCUACGCCUGCCACUACCAGUUGCAGUUCCUCAAGUCGCAGUGUAAUAGGGACAAACUAAGUGGUGGUUGGCAGGAUUGCCACUACGGCAGCGAUAUCACUUCUCCCAACUCCCCCCUCCAGGCGUUCCUGACCGACGGCUGGGACUCCACCUUCAAGACUCAUCCCUUCGACCCGUGCAACUUCUGCCUCAAGAGCCGUAUCAGGAUGGGAUUCAGGGAUGGAGACUUACCGAGUAGUCAACAAACUGGCGCCACCCUUUCCACCAUCCUCACUCCCAGCUGCGGCGGUGAUGACCCCUUGCUGACCUUGUGCUCCUACCUCAAUUGCCUCACCAGGCGGACGCCGCGCACCACCGGGGAGCUGGUGUCCUUCUUCCACCAUUUCGGUAUCGAGUUGAACGGGUAUGCUUCAGAGUCCUUGUCUUCACUCGGCAAUUCACUUUCCACUCCGUACGUCAACUGCGUUCAUCUUGCUGUUUAA